AUGGAUCCUUAUUCGCGUCGAACCAGUAGGGUCCGGACGAAAUGUGACGACAUCAGUGAAGAGGUUGAAAGUUGUACAUCACACUCACCAAUGCCCCCUUCUUGCGACGAAUCGGUAAGCCCGACCACUUCCGGAUCAGCUGUCGUCGAAGAUAAGGUUCCAGAUCAGAAAAAAGAUACCGAUGAGGAAAUCGAAUGUGCCAGAGGAGCAGAAGUGCAGAAUUCGCCUGAAAUAGAUAGUGAACCUGUGGAGUUACCGAAGAGGGUUUUUGCACGAAGCAUAUCAGAAUGUGAAGUAGCAGCCGAUGAUAGCCAACGUUCGAUACUACGCAAUCCACAAGUGACAGAGAUCCGUUCAAUUUUGGAGAAACGUCAGUCAUUUGACUUACCAGCUGAAGGACGACCUUCUGUCAACGUCGGUUCUGAACAGGACGUGAUCGAACGUUAUUAUCAACGGAAUCAGGCAACAAUUAAUAGUCUUCAAAGUCGAGCCCUCGAACCGGUCCGUCGUACACGAGAAACCAGACAUCCGGUCUCGUUGGCAUCCAGGCGAAGUGGACAGUCCGAAGUGAUCAUGCCAUCACCAAAGGUCACCGAAAGGAAGAAUUUCGCCAAAUCUUUCUACUGGGUGGCAGCAAAUCACAAAAAGAUCGGUUUCCGACACAUUUGUAUGCUGUUACUAGUGCUCAUCUAUACCCUACUUGGAGCUUUACUCUUCUACCUCAUCGAAUCUGAUUACGAAAGGAAUGUGAGUAAGCCAUGCAUUCUACCCGAACCGUGGAUUUGA